AUGCAGUCAUUGGUGGCGUUAGUCACUGGCGGCGCUUCGGGUCUCGGAUUAGCCGUUUGUAGACGUCUUUCGCGAAACGGAUUUCGUGUCGUUUCACUGGAUUUGCAGCAAAACAACAGCCAAUCAGAAGACGCGGAGAAUUACAUCCAAAUAAAAGGCGAUAUUCGGCGCGAAUCGGACAUCGCUUCGGCUCUUUCGCGCUGUACUGACGCCGAGUCGGGUCGACAACGACUGGAUGUAGUGGUGAACUGUGCGGGCGUUGCGAAUGCCUUCAAACUAUACAACUUUGAGUCGCGUCGACCGCAACGACUCGAAGACUUCAAAGAGUUGUUUGAAAUCAAUGUUUUCGGUUUGUUUGACGUCAUAAGGCUUUCGGUCCCGCUUUUGGCCGCAAACCCUUUGCACCCGAACGGCACGCGAGGGCUCGUUGUGAACACGUCGUCCAUUCUGGCCGUUGAGGGACACGAAGGACAGACCGGUUUCAGCGCAUCGCAGGCCGCCAUCGACGCCAUGACUCUCCCUCUCGCACGCGAUCUCUCUUCCCAAGGGAUUCGUGUCAAUACAAUCGCCGCCGGAUUCUUCGCCACACCUCUGGUCUUGCGUUCGGAUUCACCGGAAUUAUUGGAUUUCAUACGAAUGACAACUCCGUGUCCGCAAAGAUUGGGCGAAACCGACGAAUUCGCACAUUUAGUCCAAACAUUGAUCUCUAAUCCAAUGAUUAACGGAGAAGUCAUUCGUAUCGAUGGAGCGCUUCGUUGGCCCGAAAGGGCAUACGCUUCAAUAACUGAUGAUCUAUUUCAUGACAUCCAUAAUGCCGUCAAUGAUGUCAACGAAUAUUUAAAGAGAGAACCGCUGCCACCAAAAGAGGUCUGUUAUCCGGACAUCGGGUGCUUCUCCACUGAUGGCCCCCUCAAACACAUCGGAGCUCUUCCGGCCUCUCCGGCGGAAAUCGACACCAAAUUCAAACUCUAUACGACUAAAUCUCCGGCCACUCCUCAAGAAGUGGAUCCGCACAACGCCAAGAGUCUGGAACUAAUAAACCCAACCAAACCGUUGGCCUUCAUAUCGCAUGGUUUUGGAAACAAUGGCGAAACUCCGCAACUGAUCAUGGUGAAAGACUCGCUUAUUAAGUACGGUCACGUCGAGCAGGUGAUUAUGGUUGACUGGCAUAAGGGGGCCAAACAGCCCCUGUAUGUCGAGGCGUCGACUAACACACAGGUAGUCGGCCGUCAAAUAGCAUUCCUCGUGGAAACCCUUAGAACUACACAUAAAUUGGACCCAAAAACUGUGCAUUUGAUUGGAUUCAGUUUGGGAGCACAGGUCUCAGGUUUUGGUGGAAAGUACUCACAAACCGCUUACAAAUGGAAAUUUGGUCGCAUUUCCGCGCUAGACUCGGCCGCACCCCUAUUCGAGGGCUAUCCCGGCGCUUAUCUAAAUCAAGACGACGGCAUUUACGUGGACGCCAUCCACACGAGCGCCGGACACCUGAUCAUCACCGGUGAGGUUGGCUUUAUUGAGCCCAUAGGACACGUGGACUUCUUCCCGCACAACGGUUCCCAUCAGCCCCGGUGUUCACUACUCAACGAAACGCUUCACAUCUCAUGCAAUCACUAUUCGUCGGUCUUUUACUUCGAGUCCUCCCUAAGCGGUGGCUCUCACUGUAUGUUCACCGCAUACAAGUGCCCCAAUUGGACAGACUUUGAGGACAAGAAGUGCACUAAGAAUGGAGACUCAAGACUCGGCUUCUAUAGUACCACUCAAACGGGAAGAGGUGUUCACUACUUGGAAGUGUCCAAAGAAUAUCCAUUCUGUACUCAAUAACACUGUUAUAUUCGCUAAUUAUUUUGUAAAAUUAUAAAUAAACUUAUAAAAAGUAAUCAA